GAGGCUCCCUCGCAUGCUCCUCAGCUCCCCGCAGAGCCCACGGAGCAGCCACRCGCCGGGCGGGAGACUCGCAGCUCGGUUCCCCCAGGGUCAGCAUCAUGCGUUGGGCCACGGUGCUGAUAGUCGCUGGUCUCUGCGGACUCUCCCUGGGCCAGUACAAUGAAGAAGAAGACCUGGCCUGGCUGCAGUACUACAUGCGRCAGUCCCGCCUCUCCUCCUAUAACUACAUGCCCUACUAUGAGGAUGAAAACACUCCUUACGUCUAUUCCUACCUCCCUGCUCCGGAUGCGGAGGUAGAGCCCGGCCCCGAAGCUCAACAGGCGCCUUCCCGAGAAUGUCCCCAAGAGUGCGACUGUCCCCCUAACUUCUCGGCAGCCAUGUACUGCGACACGCGCAACCUGAGGUAUCUGCCCUUCGUGCCUUCCAGGAUGAAGUACGUCUACUUCCAGAACAACCAGAUCACCUCCAUCCAGGAGGGCGCGUUCGACAACGCCACAGAGCUGGAGUGGCUCGCGCUGCACAACAACCAGAUCACCAGCGAGAAGAUGGGCAAGAGGGUCUUUACCAAGCUCAGGAACCUGGAGAGGUUAUACAUGAACAACAACAACUUGACCAAGAUGCCUGGCCCCUUGCCCCGCUCCCUGAGGGAGCUCCACUUGUCUUACAACCAGAUCUCCAAGGUCCCGUCCAAUGCUCUGGAGGGCCUGGAGAACCUCACAGCCCUGUACCUCAGCCACAACCAGAUUUUUGAAAUGGGAGCCUCCCUCAAAGGGCUCAAGUCCUUGAUCCUUGCUGAUCUGAGCUACAACCACCUCAGGAAAGUCCCUGAUGGCCUCCCAAUGGCCCUGGAACAGCUCUACCUAGAGUACAACCACAUCAACACCAUUCCUGAUGACUAUUUCAGAGUCUCUCCCAAGCUGCUCUAUGUGAGGAUGUCCCACAACAGCCUCACAAACCAGGGUCUCUCCACCAACACUUUCAAUAGCAGCAGCAUCCUCGAGCUGGACCUCUCCUACAACAGGCUUCAGAAGAUCCCACGGGUCAGCACCAACCUGGAGAACCUUUACCUCCAAGGGAACCAAAUCAACGAGUUCUCCAUCAGCAGCUUCUGCACCGUCGUGGACGUCAUGAACUACUCGCGGCUCCAGGUGCUGCGGCUCGACGGCAACGAGAUCAAGCGGAACGCGGUGCCGCCGGACGCGCCGCUGUGCCUGCGCCGCGCCACCAUCAUCGAGAUCUAGCCCGGCGUCCCCUCCCGUCCUCAGGACAGCGCUGCCCGUGCCCGGGGACRCUCGCUCCCAUCUCAUCGCAGCUUGGCGCCUCGGCUCGGCUUCCGCGAUAGCGCAGC